CAACCUACGCUUCUGACAUUCUCAAGCACCAAGCUUUACGCAUCUCUACGACUCAAUACAUACAUUCGCCAACAUGGCUCCUCCGCCAAACCCCAAUCUUCCUCUCCAGGAGAGGCUUAUGGCCCUUGCCCAAACCCUUCAGUUCGGUUGGUUUGUCGGACACCUCACCCUUAUCCUCGCUACGAUUCGAUAUGGCUUUUCCUGGCUGAGAAUGAACUACUACACCGGCAUGGCCAAAUUCUCUUACCGCACAGCCUUUAUCGCCGCCGCUGUCACCUAUGGCAUUGUCGUCUACAAGACUAUGCGCGCUCGCGCUAAGAGCGGACAGCGUGCUGCUCCCACUCCCUUGGCUAUGCUUGCCGAUGAGAACAUCCAAUACCUUGCCAUGUCUCUUGUUUGGCUGUUCUGCCCUCAGUAUCCCCUCGCCUUGAUCCCUUACACCAUUUACUCGGUCUUCCACGUUGCCACCUACACUCGCGCCAACCUCAUCCCCGCUGUCGUCGCUCCCAGGCCUGCGCCCGAGGCUGAUGGUGCUACUCCUAGCCGCCGAACCAGCGUCGACCACCCUAUUGCUAACAAGAUUGGCGCUUUCGUGAAGGAGUACUACGAUGCCUCAAUGGCCAUUGUUGCUUCUCUUGAGAUUGCUCUAUGGGGCCGUAUUUUCCUUUCGGCCAUUCUCUUCCAGCGUCGAUCUUGGAUCCUGAUUGUCCUGUACACCGCAUUCCUCCGCGCUCGUUACACUCAGAGCACCCACGUUCAGCACUCGUUCUCUCAGCUGAGCGCCCGAGUUGACUCUUUCGUCAGUGCCCAGGGAACUCCUCCUGCUGCUCGCUCCAUCUGGCAGUCUGUCAAGGAGGGCGCAAGACAAUUCCACGAUGCUACUGCUCUGGGUAACGCUGGUCCCGCUAAGAAGUCCUCAUAAGCGAGGGAAAAAUAAGAUUGGUCAUGGAAUUGGUAUAAUUUAGAUGUUAAGAUUGAGAAAUUAUAAAAUUCUAUCCUAAGUUCGUGUAG